AUGCAGACUGGGAAUGAUGGUAUCGGAACGUCAACAGAAGCAAUGGUGUCAGACAGCCAGAAAUCUGAGAUAAUUCCUCUAGGAGCUGGUGCUGUCAGGAUCAACGAAGGCGAGCAGAAGGUCAUCUACCUGCCCAAAGGGGAGUCCAUCAGGCUGGGAUGCCCCUUUGCGUCGGACCCAGAAGACAACACUCCCGAAAAUGACUGGGACAUUGAAUGGAAGCAGGUGAAGCCUGGUCCCUAUCCUCAGGACAAGCAGCUCCUUGGUUACCAUGAUCACCGAAUUACCUAUCCUGGGCCUCCUGAACUCCAGCAGCGGGUGGGAUUCGCUUCCCCGGACCCCAGCCUGUAUGAUGCCUCCAUGCAACUGCAGAAUGUGCAGAUCACGGACUCUGCCACGUACGAGUGCAAAGUCAAGAAAACCACGGAAGCCAGCCACAAAGUCACUAUCACGGUGCAAGAAAGGCCGGCGGCCCCUCAGUGCUGGAUCAUUGGCGACGUUGCCUACGGGCAGGACAUCAUCCUACGCUGCUCUGCUUCGGUGGGCUCCCAGCCCCUCAGCUAUCAUUGGUCGAUGUUGGGCGGACAGCCUUUCAUAGACAGGCUUCCAGGGGGAUCUAUGGGCUCCAUGCCGGGUGACUACCACAUCUAUGGCUUGUGCGAAGAUCAUGUGGGGACCUAUCAGUGCAAAGUGGGCAACAACGUGGGCGUCGCUUAUUGCUCAGUCGAUAUCGGGUUUGAUGGAGGUUUCUACUACGAUUGGGUCAUCGGAGGGUCGGUCACAAUCUGCCUCCUGGCCGCGGCCCUCAUCGCAGGGGGAGUGACGUGGUGCUGCUGCUGUUGCCGCAACAAGCGUUGUUGUGCAUGUUGCGACAGUUGUUGUGGAAAAGACCGUUGCUGGGACUGCUGUUGCUCUUCCUGUUGCUCCGGCACUGAAGACACCAAGCAGGAGUGUGUGCAGAUCAAGGGCAAUGACAUCUGUGUGGAUGCCGAUGCUCCUCCGAGCCGACCCUGCAGCCAGGCCUUGAGCCAGACGGGCAGCCUCCACUCCCUGCUGGGCUACCAGUUCCGGACUGGCCACCGAACCCCCGGCUGCAAGUAUAUCCCUCCCAUCGUCCAGGUCAAGAUGGCCUCUCCUUCUGACAGCGACCUGGAACCCGUCUCUCUGCCCAGUUCGGAGCAAGAGCCUCUCGCCAGCCACGGCUAUGCCUCCAAACGGAGAGACCCGUAUCCCCUCGCCGACUCCUCCGUCCAAUACGCCAAGGGCAAGAACCACACUAGCCAGUCUCAGGUUUACUCCAGCUUACACAAUUUCGACAGCCCUGCUUCGGAGCCAGGCUGCGUCCGCUGGAAGGACGGGAACACCAAGCACUACAAGAGUGCUGUCGUCAUGAUGCAGGCCUCAACCAAAGAAGGCCUUUUGAUAUGAGGCCGGUUGGGACUUUGAGCCACAAGACACUAAGGUUGGUCCAAAGCAUGCCCAGAACGAGAAGAGAGCUCAACCCUUAGCUGGGAAACAUGGACAACUCCGUGCAUUUCUCCCGCAUUCGUUUUGUUUUUCAUCUCAAUUUUAGUCCAUCCUGAAGAACAUCAUCAUUUUGGUGUCCAAAGGAUAAAGAAAAAGUUCUGCAACUCCAGAGAUGGAGUUGCCGUUGGGCAUCAACAACAACAAAGAGGCUAUCGGAAAAAGAUGGAAUUGUUCUCUCCAUCAGGAAACCCUUCCUAAUAUUUAAGGAAUAGCACCCUUUAAAUUUAGCACCCUUUGUUUGUAUUUAAAAGCCCUUGUCGACCUUGGAAAACAUAUU